UUGCUACGAGCAGGUAGAACACGAUCCAAGCCGAUUCCCACGUGGCCAAUGUCCAUUGGUCGCCAAAACCAACUGGACUGAAACCCAAUAAAACUGAGUAUACACUGUAGCCUUCCCCCAAAACCCCUCUUCUCAAUCACUGUGACAACACACACAUACAAAAUACAAACAACAACGAAGCCCAAACCCUAUCAGUAUCACCACCGAGUCGGCGAGUUCACUCCGAUUCUCCUCUCACUCACUCGGUAGUACAUUGUGGAUCAAGUAUGGGGCGUGAUGUUUCCAAUCAUUCAGAAUCUCCGGUUAGGGGGCGGAGGUCUCCUCAUAGGAGGAGUCCAUCUCGAAGAGAAAGAUCACCCGCCCGACAUAGGGGUUCCCGCAGAAACGGUUCGGAGGCAAGAGAGAAACAUUCUGGUCGUGCCAAGUCUCCAAAGCAGGCACCUUCGAGCUCUCCUGUUAGGCGGUCACCUUCUCCCAGGACAAAACGGUUGAGGAGAGCUCAGGCUGAAAGGGAGGUUGAUAGAGAAACUGAGAGAGCUCGCUCGCCUUCUCCCCGAACGAAGCGGUCAAGGAGAGCUCAAGAUGAAAGGGAGGUUGAGAGAGAAACCGAGAGAGAGCAUGAAAAGAAUCAUGGCAGGGGGAGUGAUAGGGGGAGACAAAGGGAAACUGGGGAUGAGAGAAAAGAGAGAAGGCCAGCUAAGCAUGAUAAUGAGGUUGAGAGAGAAACUGAGAGAGAGCAUGAAAAAAAUCAUGGAAAGGGGAUUGAUAGUGGGGCACAUAGGGAAAGGGGUUCUGAGAGAGAAAGUGGGGUUGAGAGAAAAGAGAGGAGGUCGAGGAGGGAUGAUAAUGAGGUUGAGAGAGAGCAUGAAAGUCAUCAUAGCAGGGGAAGCGAUAGGGGGACACUUAGGGAAAAGGGUUCUGAUAGGGAAACUAGGGGCGAUAGAAAAGAGAGGUCAGGUAGAGAUGAUAGCAAGUCUUCAAGAUCAAGACACGAGCGGUCUACUUCUCCAUUAGAUCGUCAUCACAAGAGCAGGCACAGAUCUCAAUCACCUCAACCAGCUGCUGAUUCCAGAGAUCGUGACGAGGUGACAGACUUAAGAGGAUCUGAAGAGCGGAAUAAUGAGAAUGAUUCAGUAGCUAAGAUGAAGGCUGCCCAGGAGGCCUUGGAAGCAAAGGAAAAGCAAAAACCUUCAUUCGAGUUAUCAGGAAAGCUUGCUGCAGAAACCAAUAGAGUCAAAGGUGUGACACUUCUGUUCAAUGAACCCCCAGAGGCUCGAAAACCUGAUGUAAGAUGGCGGCUUUAUGUUUUCAAGGGUGGCGAAGUGCUAAAUGAACCCCUUUAUAUACAUCGUCAAAGUUGUUACCUUUUUGGGAGGGAACGAAGGGUGGCAGACAUUCCAACAGACCACCCAUCCUGCAGCAAGCAACAUGCUGUUAUUCAAUUCAGACAAGUGGAAAAGGAGCAACCUGAUGGUACAGUAUCAAAGCAAGUAAGGCCUUACUUAAUGGACCUUGGAAGCACAAAUAAAACUUAUAUUAAUGAUAAUGCCGUUGAACCUCAACGCUAUUAUGAACUUAUAGAAAAAGACACUGUUAGAUUUGGUAAUAGUAGAAGCUGGGUGGGUGUUGAUGGAAAAUACAAACCGUAAAAAAGAGAGGGAUAUUGAAAUUGAGAUAUCUGUGAUCACAGCUAAUUAAUUGAGUGGAAUCUAAAAGCAUGUAAAGUUCAAGUGAUGAAUUAUGAUGGUCCCUUUAAAUGUAAUGCAGCCCAUCUUUCUCACAUUCACACAACAAAGUAGGGGUUUGUUCUUGAAAGUAAAGAAAAGGGAAGUAAAACUUAGUUCAUCGCUUGUCAAAUCCUAGAUAUAUAAUAUUGUGCAGCAUGAGGGUACCUGAGUUGAGUGUUAUUUUAUCAUUGGAGUUUAUCCGUGCAGAAAAAAAUUAUUUGCAAUGGUUCUAAGAAAUAGUACUGUUUGUUUGCAAACGGUUGUUUUCUUAUGGGAUUGAUGAGUUUCAUUUUUCAUAUGGUAGUUAUAUUAGGUAGUUUCGGACUUGUAAAGGAACUCCUGAUUUCCUUCACCUUAAAUUUUAGGGGUUUGAUUAUCUUAGAAGAUGAAUUUGGUCAUAUUGUUAUGUAAAACCAGAGGAAUAAGGAUAUUUGGAAAAUGUUGAAUACAUUUCAUUUUUGUUGCUUAAGCAAGGUUGAAUCUUUCUUGGCCAUGGGAUAACAUAAAGAUUUAUGGUGUUAAUUAUAAGCAAUAAUUUGUUUCCUAGAAAAAAGGUUCCUAUCGCCUUUAUAAGAGAUAAAGAUAGCAAUUCUUGUGGCUUUUCAGCCAAAGGAAUUCUUUUCGUGAUGACCCCAAAAGCAUGUUUUUCUUGUAAACAGUGAGCACUUGUUUCCAGAAACCUUUGUAGGCUCAAUCUACCCCUCCCUUCUCUUCCUCCUCUUCCAGAACUGGUUUUUCCUGUGACCUUAAUUGUGUGUGCGGUCAUGAGUUAUGACAGUUUUAAUCGUUUUCUUGUUCAGAAAAUUUAUUUUUUUAUAGAUAGAAGUAAAUAGAAUGAGCAGCUUCGGAAUAUGUAAAGACUGGAUAAAAGAGUGUUGAGCUCUUUAUAUUGGAUUCCGAUGUGUGAAUAAGUUUGAGCAUUUCUGCCUGAUAGGCCUGCUUGUGAGUAAUCUUACUGUGUAUUAAACUCAUUUAAAGAAAAUUCUUCCGUACACAUGGGAGCUUAUUAGUCAUGUGUGGUUAGGGAAAUUGAUGUAUUCAUUGGUUGUCAAGUGGGUAUGUGUUGAACUGAGAAUUUUUUUAGAAUCACUACGCUUAAGAAUUUCUUGUGUUCUGCUGCUGUUAUGAUUUCUUGACCUUACUGUAUUAAUCUGAACAGUUCAUGUUGCAUCA